AUGCAAACAGCCAAGGACUCGCCACCCACAGGGGAGAAGACACCUGUCCUUCCCUGUGACGAAGAAUCAUCUUUCGCUUCUGUAGAUGAUGUAUUCUUCUAUUGCGAACAGCAGUCUGUAAAUCAGGAAACUUAUUAUUCAGAGUCAUUGAAGAAAACGCGUUCCAAAGACGAGUAUCCAAAUGCCGAAGGUAAUUCCAAGAAAUCCAGUGUAAAAUCGGAGAAUAAGAAAUGUAAGCAGAAAGAUUCUUCUACAUGCACAAAAGACAAAGACCAGAAUAAAAUCACCGCCAUCGCCGAAAGAGUGGCCGAUUGCCAGAAUUUUCAAUUAAAUCAUACUGGGAAGGUCGCCAAGAAACAUACCUAUCUACCAAAAAAUUUGAAAAACCCUUUUGCUCACAGUCACAAAAAUAUCGUUCACAGAAGUUUAAAAAAUUCAUUCGGUCAAAGUCAGAAAAAGACAGAUAGCCAAAGAGCUAAGUCGACUUUGAUUGAUAUACUUGUGGAGGAUUGUCGACAAUGUGCGAUCGGGGAGAAGUCGGUCGCAUCAUUUUCCAACGUUUCCGGUGAUGUUAGAAAGGAUGCAACUGAUUGUAGAGGUACUCAGCCUGCGGAGAAAAAGUCUCCUGGGUCUCGAUUCAAGUACAAUUGCGUAGAGUCGGCGUUGGACUCGAUUAACACUAAUAAAGACAGCAGGCAACGUUAUUACAAUAAAAUCUCGAUUGUAGAAAAUAUUGCAAAGUUUAAAAGGCCCGAUACAACACACGCCAAGACUACCGAAUUCAAGAAGAAGUUCCCUUGGAAUUGCACGUGUAGUAAAACGAAGAGAAAUGUUGACAAGUGCAAGGAACAGGAGAAGAAAGAUUCUGUCGAGAGCUCCGAUUCCUAUAAUGACGCAAAGCAAUUGAAAAAGAAAAAGCCUGCUUGUAGUCCGUUGAAAAAAUUCGGCCGUUCGUCUCUGUCAGUGGGCGCGGAUAAAGUCGCGAUAAAUUUGCCAAAGUAUUCUCCUUGCGCAAGCAGAUUAGCCGCGAGCUCAAAAAUUUUGUCGUCCGAUCGAGCGGCAGAUCCAGAGAGUCCGCUUCACGUUCCACGCUCGAGGAGUCCGUCUCACGUCGAUGUACAAACCGAGAACAAUCCUUCGAAGCAUUCGGAAAAGACGUCGAUACAAGCGAGUUUAUCUCUGAACAUACAACAGUUUCAAAAGACCCGAUAUACUCUGCGUAGUAGGAGUGUAGGUGACAGCUGCGUAACUUCCCCAACCAGUGAAGCGACUACCGUCAGCUACUCGCCUACUGGCACAGAGAUAUUAUCCCUGGAAGAAGUCGGGCCGCAUACGUCGCGUACAUCGUCGGGUGAAGGCUCAGGUAGUAGUUAUUCGGAAGUCAAGGAAAAAUUGGAUGCCGAAUGCUCCGACAAAGUCAUAAGAGCGACUUUGGAGACCAAGUGUUAAUGAAACGUGGACUCUCGACGACACGCCAAACACGUGUGUUACGCCAUUCUUUCUUCCACGUAUAUACGCAUAUAUACGUAUAUACGUAUUUUACGUACUUUACGUAAAACGAUGACACAGUUCCGUAUGCGCGCGGUGUACCCGUUCGAGCUGUAAUCGUGCUAGUGAGAAACUGUACACAGAGGCAAAUAUAUACGACAUACAUUUAUAAAAUUUAUUAUAUUUCUAGAAAUGCGAGAGUAUACAUACUUGUGCAUAUUGAAUAUUCUUAUCUACAUAUAUACACACUCAACGCGCGCGUGUAUUGCGUACACGCGUGGAUAUUAAGAGCCGUUUUUGCAAAUUAGGCUACAGAACGUUGUUGCGACAGAUGUGUCGAGUAUUAUUAUUUUUAUUAUCCUCCUUAAAGUUAGGAUAUAUCCAAUGGUUCCCGUGUGGUUGUCGAAACAUUUCUUUAACUCGGAAAAUGUGACGAGCGUUGGCUAGCAAGAGUGCAGUGAAGAGAUAUCUCGCUGAAUAUCCGCAUUAUCUUAAUUUAUUUUUUAAAUUAGUAUUGUUACAUUUUUUACUUAGAGCUUUUAAUCCCUUUGCUGUAAAAGGCACAUGUAUAUUUUAAGGAAGUUGCCUCUCGUUUACGGAAAGCGUAUAUAUAUAUAUAUACGUCCUCGUAAGGUGUGUAUGCGCGUGCCUAUGUGUAAUACAUACGCACACGUGUAAAAUUCAGAAUCGAAUUAGACCGGACGAGGGAGAAUAAUAUACCCCGAAAUUUUUUCAAGUCUUUUUUUCGGGCAGAUCUGGUUCAGCGAGAAAAUACGAAUCUUUUCAAAUUGCAUGCUUUUGCAAGUGAUUGGUAUUCUCGAUGCCAAUUAUGAUGAACGAUAGGUGUAACAGUAAUGAGGGCAUUUGUUCUUAUAUCCAUGGUGAAGACAUGCGAGAGGAGAAUUGGAGAUCUUCCAAGCUGAUAAAGAUUUUAGCACGCGGUGGUCACGGCAUAGUUUGAAAUGAUCAAGUUGAGAUAACGUUGAGCACGCAGUGCGUCCCGCAAGAAUGUCUUUGUCGAAAGCUGAUUAGAACAAAAAUCUUGUCAACAACAAUAAGAAAUGCAAAUAGCUAGGGACAAUAUUACUGCCAAACUUGACUAUGAAUUAAUUAAUUUCUAAGAAAGUGAGAUAAUGCAUGUGAAGGACCUCGUCUACAUAGAUACGUUUCUCGUUAGUAUUUUUAUAUCUCGGUGAUGUAAAUACAAUACAGUAAACGAUUUUUUCUUUAUCGAUGUAUGCGACAGUGUAAGGCGGUUGCGUGGAAUGCCAAUUGCGUAGAUAAUCGUGAGAUACACUCCUUUGCGUAAGGCAAUUUUGCUACUUUUUAAGGCAUUCUAUAAAUUGUUGAUACUUUUUACCUGUCAAAAUUGUUUAUUGGAUAUCGCGAUGUCAAUGUUCGCGAAGUGAAAAAAAGUUCUAAGACGAUCGAUUUUACCCUCUAAGAUAGCAAGUGAUACAUCGUAAGUGUAAGUCGGUUUUUACCGUUCAGGCUACUUGUGCCACAAUGUCCUCGUAACUUGUUGGAAAUGUUAUAAAUGGAAAAAUAACAAAAUGCGACAGACGUACGAAGAAGAGAAGAGAAUGCAAUUUGUUACGUAGAAGCAAGAUUUUGCUACGCUUCGCACGGCAUUCUUUUUUUUUUUUUUUACAAAAAAGCUUUGUUCAAUCUACACGGUGAUUCAAAUAUCUGUAACAGAUCUGAUGAUGAAGACAUUCAAGCAAGAAUAGAUUAGUGGAGUAAUUUCUCAAAUAUUUCAUUAUAUAUCAAAUGAUACAUGCUAGGUGUUAAAUCUACAAAAGAUAUUUCAGAGAUAGUUUCUUUGGUGAAUUUAGUUCUUUUUGAUUUUGGAAAAUUGAAAAAACAAAGAAUCUUGAUACUCUAAGUAAAAUUAGUCAUAUGCUGCAAUAUAUAUAAGAAAUAAGAAUGUCGUAUAAUACAACACAUCAUAAAAUUGAGCGAAACAUACACGCUGUGAUACUAAGAUUUCACUUGCUGAAAUACUAAAAAUCUUGGCAAGUGAGGCUCAAAUUAAAUCUUUAUUAAUCUUUUGUCAAGUCCACACAAAUUUGAUUAUACUUUUGUUACAAUGGGCCUAUAUCAACUUAUUAAACACAUUUGUUAAGUUAAAAAUUUAUAAAGGAAUAAUUUUAUAUUACUUUUAUAAUUAAUGCCAUUUUAAGCAUAAGAUUAUUACUUUUUAUAUUUUGCUAUUCACUACGCAAUAAGUUAUGAUAUUUUAUAAUACUUAAUAUUUAGGGAUCUAAAUGGUGCUAGGAAAUCUCUUUGUAUUUGUUGAGUUUAAACUCUAAUCGAUUUGUAAUCGCUUAUAAUUCGGCUUAAUAUUUCAACAUUUAUGGAUUUGGUUAUUUAAGUUUGAUAAACUUAAUCUCUCUAUACUUCUCGAAAAUAAUGGUACUAUUUAUUGUUAAAUUAUCAAUAUUGAGCAGCCUAUUUGCAUAUAUAAAAUGAUUAAAGUAUCUUCUGAAAUUGAUAGAAAUUAAUAUCGACACUUCACACGCACUUUGUUGCAAUGAAAUUGAUAGAAAUUAAUAUGAUAUUUUACCCGCACUUUGUUGCAAUGCAUUCAUCAAAUUCUUCCUUGAAUGUCUCCAGAUUUCGUUUUCAUGGGCGAUGAUAUUGUAUUUGUAUCGCAUAUUUAGCGUUAGAUGUUGAAUGCUAAAUCCAAUUUAUUUAAUACGCAAAAUCUAUUUAACAUUGUGUGGCGGACUGACAAUUAUAUUAUCACAUUCGAUGUGUGAUAACAUAAUGUUGAAUGAGGUGCCAAUAAGUCAAUGCUUACUUUAAAACCACCAUUCUGUUUGUGUUAUCCAAAUCUCCUUCGUUUUGCAAGGAACAUAUAUACAUAUAUUAACAGGGCCGGCUGUAGAAAUGGGUAAAGCAAGUAUCUGUAAGGUCUUGCGAUAAAUUUCAAAAUUUUAAAAGCAGACGUAAAAAGCGAGCAUAUAUUUCUUGUGAAAUUUAGAUAUCGAUAAGUCAUUGUGACUUAUUGUGGACUCUUCGCGAAUUCAGUUGCAGCGGUCAGAAUAAAUAACGUCGAAUAUAUAGAUUAUUAAAAUGAAUAAACGUUCGAUUAAUUUUUCACUAUUCAGUGUGAAAUAGAUUCUGCCUUAAGAAAAUUAUAAUUUGAGAUUUGACUACUGAACAUAUUGAACAUAAGUAGAAAUAAGAAAUAUUUUUGCUAAAAACAUUGCUCUCUAGAUUUCAUAAGAAAUAAUGACGUGUCCACGUUUUUUCCGAAUACAGGACAUUUUAUAGUCUGGCGACAAACUUUCAAUGCAGCAUUUCGAUUAAGAAUGUGUUCUGGUAAAUCUUUACCAAUAUCUACAGACAUUAGUGCAAUGUAUAGAUAUCGAUAAAAAGCUACAAAAAUAUUAUUAAGAAAAAUAUGAACGGAGGUAAUGGGAGCAGAUAAAAAUGACACAAAAUUGUUCGAUGCGGCAGAAAACUUAGAGCCGGUCUUGUGUAUCCUAGUUCCUGUUGUCACAUAGCAAUUAUUCAAAAUGUACUCCAUGCGUCGUGAUACUCUAUUGUGCAUCCGUUUUUAUUUCUUUUACUCCCAACCAUCAGAUUUCUAUAACUGUCACUAUUUCGAUCGCUAUUUUUAUUCGCGAUCUCAAUAUCGGUGAUUAAUUUAAAAGGCUAAUUGUAAGAGAUAGAAUUCGCAAUAAGGGACGAAUUACGUUGUUGUUCAUCAGAGAGAUUUGUGUGUUUUUUUCUCUUAAUUUUUAGUGUAAAGUACAUCUCUCCCUCUCUCUUCUUUUCCUCUGUCCCUUUCUCUCUUACUUUUGCUCGCGUUUCUUCGCUGUCCCUCUCCUCCACGCGCUCGCAAGUGAUCGACCGGUUUUGAACAGUACUAUCGUCUUUCAUGAUCGCGUCGUCCGGAAAGAAACUGGUACUCUCGAUACUUGAGGCGAGUACCGCGGAUUCAACCGCGAUGCGUUGAUAUUCGUAACUCUGUACAUAAUAGCGUGUAAACUAAAUAAUAAGAAAACAAAGCAACGUUACGUAUUCGAUGUUCUCUUCGGUCGUGUCUAAUGUACUUACAAAGGGGAGAAUCCGUUUAAGGGCAGAACAAAACGCGUUUUGAUAGCGAAGAUUAUAGCUGUGAUGUGAUUGUUGAAGGUAAAAGUAAGAGGGAGACAUUGUGUGUGAGAAAGAGAGAGAGAGAGAGAGAGAGAGAAGCUAUAUAGAUGAAUGCGAGAAACUUUACUGUAAACGCGUACGUUUGAGAGGAAACGGAAGAAAGGGACGGAAAGCUUGUCCUCGAACAAAUAUCGGAAUCGUCGUUUAUUUAGCGCAUAAGAACAUAAUUAGGGAGAUAAUGACAUUUGUUUCUUUACAUAAGAACGCGUAGAAAGCGUAGAAACACCGCUAGAUACAUAUACCCGAAUAAAAAGGGUCAUUUUAGAGUUUUAUACUUCCAUCGCACUUGACUUGGGCGUACUAUCAUCGCGCAGUACUUUACUAAUUCUGUGGAAAACGUUAACACAAUGUAUAAUUAUGAUGUAAAUUACAUGUUUAAGCACAUAUUAUCAA